UUAGGGAAAUUGUUAAUCGAGACACCAUGGCACAGCACCAAGAACUUAAUAGGAAAAGGAGGUAGUGCUCAUAAGAAUAUGGCAGAUGUUCCACCUGCACUCACCCUAGAACUUCCCAAGAAAAGCAAUCUUCCUAACACAUUUAAACCUUGGAAUGAAGUCCAUCUUCCAAUUGACAUUCUUUUGUUGACAGUGGAUGACUGUGAGUUCCUAGCCUGUUAUGCAUACUUGAGAAAUUCCUUUAAAAGCUACCACAAGAACCUUGGAUAUGUGUACUUUGGGAACAUGGGUGAAAAUGGAGAUGUGCCCCUAAAAGUUGCUUUGAUGACAUGUUCUGAAGCCUCUUCUGCUCCAGAUGGCUCGCUGGUCACUGUUAAGAAUGCCGUGUUGGAACUGAGACCCAAAGCUGUUUUCUAUGUUGGCUGCUGCGGUGGGUUGAAUCCAGAAGUCACCAAGUUACACCUGGGUGAUGUGGUGUUAUCCUCUAAGCUUACAACUGAAUCAUUCAAAACCCCAGUGGGUAGAGAUAUUUUACGCCUCAUCAGGUCUGCAGAUCAUGGUUGGAUUCCUCCAUUAAGAAAUCCAGAAGAUCAUAAAGUUCAGGUCUGCUGUAAUGGGGAGAUUUUAAGUGGCAUAAACCCAGUCAGUGCUAAACAGGAAAACGUGUCUCAUUUUACUGAAGCUACUGCAUUUGCAUUUGGUGGUGAAGGUAAGAUAUUUAUUCCCUGUUAAAUGACAUCAUUCUUAUCUUGUUACAUUUUUUUACGAGAGGAGUGGUGGCCCGUGGUGUACAUCUCAAACUUUAGAUCUAGAGGGUCCAGGUUAAGGCCUUGCUGCACUUUGUGCUGUUUCCUUGGACAAGAAACUUUAAUUCACUGUCCCUCGCCAUCCAGGUGUGUAAAUGGGUGCUGGUUAUGAUCCUUUGUGAUCCAGUUUUCAAUCUGAUCUUUUAAGAUCUAUUCUAUGUUUGGACAAUGAUGUCUAUGUUUGUGUAACUUACUGUAUUUUCUAUACUAAAUUAUGCAUAAAAAAUUGAUUGAAGAACAGUAGUUUAAGUAGUGUUUUCCUUUGGAUAAAAUACAAAAGGAUAGUUAAAUUCUAUUAACAUCCUAAUGGAUAAGCUGUUUUUUUGUUUCUUUGUUCUGUUUUUUUUAUUUUUAUUUUUUAAAUGUGCUUAUUUAUAUCUGCCUUUUAAAAUCACUAUUACUAUUUUCUGCCUAUCUGUUUGCAUGGUAAAUAAUAUUGCUUAUGUUGUCACAUCUUGAUCAACCCUGGCUGUGAUGCUUACUGGUGGAUCUGUUUGCAUCUUGAAUUUUUAGUGAUCUGUUGUUGCUUUUUCCAGGCCUUUUUGCUGCAGCACAUGAUCUUAAGAUUGAAUGGGUGAUUGUAAAAGGUAUUUCUCACUUCGCCGAUGGUAACAACCCUGCAGAAAAUUCUUGGAAGAGUCAUGCAUGCAUAAUGGCAGCUUCCCUUGUGUCCAACAUGUUGAAGGAUCCAUUUGUGUUUGAACAAUGGCCUCAUUAUGAAGGUAGGUGACAAUAUACUCUUUAAUCAAACCAUAUCAUAAUUAAAUCUUCACAUUUUUGCAAAAGUGUUUUUGGUUAAGGACUGAGGUUGAUUUAAAAUACUUAGCCACAUUUUUCAAACCUUGUUAAUUAAUCUUUUUUUAUAAUAAACUUGAGAAAGGGUAGAGUUCAACGUUUCCUUUGUCAACUCACAACUGCUGGAAACUAUAACAUAGGUAAAAGAAAAAUUAUGAGGAAAAGGUGAAGAAAUAUAUUGGCUGGGAGGACAGGAGGGAGAUGUUUCCUGAUAAAAUCGACCGGCUGCUCAUCAUACUAUUUAGGCAGUAAGGUUUGUGGGCUGGUACUCGGCAAGUGCAUACUUAGGGACCUAAAGGCUAAAAUGACUCUUGUUUAGAGCUUCAGUGGUAUCUGUUAGGGGCCUGUAAGGUUGGGUGGGAAUUAUUUUGUUUCUCAAGUAAUUUUUGGUACCUCUGAGGCGUUAAAAUUAAUUACCUACAUUCCCACAAAGCUAGAUUCUGUUACUUUCUAGGGGUACUUUUGGAUUUAAUUUAUUCUUUUACAAAACCCUUGUUUUUUUUGUUUGUUUGUUUGUUUCUGUUGUUGUUUUUUUCAAGCUCCCCAUUUAUAUCUAUAGAGGGGUAUCUCCUCCUUUUAGUAUCUCCCAGGGGUUAAAGUGAAUUUCUGCCAUGCCCACAAAGUAAGAUUCUUCUACCCUCUAGAGAUGCUUUAUAUUUUAUAUUUUUAUUAUUAUUAUUAAUUUUUUUUUUUUUGACAAGCACCCCUGUUAUCUUUAAUUUUUUUUUGUAAAGCAGUUCUGCUAUUUUUAACGGGGAGUAUCUCCUCCUCCUUUUAGUACCUUUUAUAGCGCUUAAAAUGAAUUUCUUCCAUGCUGACAAAAUUCUUGUACCUUCUAUGGAGGCUUUUGAAUUUUUUAUUUGACUGGCACUACAGUUGUUUAAUAGGGUAGUAUCUCCUUCUUCACAGCCCCCCCCCCCCCUCUUCCCACUCCUUGAGAACAAUAGCAACCAACUUUACAGGGCUGUCACUAAGGGCCGGGAGGCAUGGAUUUCCCCUGGCUACUUAUGAGCAUGACCCCUGGUUAUUUUCAUAGGAAAUAAAAGGAAAAUAGGACCGAAAGAAUUUCCAGGAUGUUCCAUUCCCUGCUCUGAAACUUGAAACCAUGGUGACAGCCUUAAACUCUAACCAGUAAGCUCUCUGCACUGCAGGCUUUAUUUUCUGGUUUUAGAUCAUUCUAGAACUCUACCCUCUGAUUGGUUGAUAGCUAUGGUUUUGAAAGGCCCAGGAAAUAUUUGAAGGGUGUAUUUCCUGUUUUGAAAAUGUUUUUGAACUGCAACUGCUUACUAGAUGCCUUUCAGAAUCAAUGUAAUGUGCAGCAGAAAUCCUGCAUAACCAAGUUUAAAAGAUAAAUUUAUUGUCUAAAACUGUGCACACUGCAACCAGAGAUACCGUAAUUUAAAGAACUAAAAUGUGAUUAUCACCCACAAUGAAGUAAAGCUAAGUGGAUGUCAGCUUCCAGUCCCAAAACAAGCUGCUUAGUGCUUUUUGUUAUUGAAAUUUUAUUAUUCAGACCCAGAAACUAAAAUCUGAGUAGUAAAAAAACUGACAGAUUCAUGAACAUUUUUCCCAAAUACUUUUGGAUAACUGUUGUUUUGAAUGUCUCACUUCAAUUCUCAUUCUAUUUCCUUUUGCUUACAGACCUGUCAGCAAGGAAACAGCCCUUUAGCUCUGCGGCCAAUAAGGAGGAGUUACCAGGUACUACCAUGUCCAAUGAAGUAAAAAUGGUACCAGACAUACAUGAGAUUUAUAAUUUUGAACAACUGUUGUUUGAAAUGUCUCACUUUAAUUUUUAUUCUAUUUUGUUUAACUCACAGACCUGUCAGCAAAGAAACAGAUCUCUGGCUUUGCAGCAAAUCAGAAGGAGUUACCAGGUACUACUAUGUCCAGUAAAGCAGAAAUGGUACCAGACAUACAGUAGAUUUAUAUGAAUGACUGUUAUCGUUUGUUAUAUUACAAUUAAGAAUUAUUUUUAGCACCCAACCACAAACGUCACUAACAGCUUUGGAGAGGUACCCCUUCCAUGGGCUUGUCCGCCCUGAACCUCUCUUCUUGGGGUAACACCCCUUUACACUUGGUUUACUGAUGCAGUCUGAAUUAUUUUUAGCACCCAACCACAAACGUCACUAACAGCUUUGGAGAGGUACCCCUUCUAUGGGCUUGUCCUCCCUGAACCUCUCUACUUGGGGUAACACCCCUUUACACUUGGUUUACUGAUAUAGUCUUCAAAGAUAUUUACAUCUACAUGUUACUCGGCCAAGGUUGCCCAUCCCGCCAUAUUCAUAAUUUGUAAUUGUAAUAAUUAAUAAUUCUUUAUUUAGCUCACGGCGAAAUUACAUUUUUAACUUUUUUAUAACUAAAAUUUGUGCUAGGUUAUGACUUUAUAAUAUAAGAGAAACAAUAAGUGCGAGCUGGGAAGCUAAAUAAAUGUUCUAGUUAGCUCCCCAUCCAUAUUAAAAUCAGUGUGUAAGCAGGUGAAAAAGAAGAAAAUAGAAUAGAUAAAUGAAUUAAUAAAUUAAAUUAAUAAAGAGCAUUCCUUAUACGUUUGACCGUAGUAUUUAUAUUCCUACACUAUAUUCUGGUGUUUUAGAGCCCUGAUAUAUACAUACACUGUUACUUACAUUUCUGUUGGUGUAUCAUGAGUUGAGGAUAAUUUGUUUUUAAAUAUGGAAAUUUUAUUUAUAUUUGGUGAUCUGAUCAGUGUAUAUAAAUCAGGGCUUAUAUUUUGUGCGUCAACUACCUCCCUUUAACUUUCCUCGCCUAUUAAGAUAUCAAGUCAUUAACGAACAAUUCUUUGAAAAAAGGAACAUAAAAUUUUCUUUAACAGAUUCUCUAUGCCUCGAGGAGUGCCAGAAACAGCUGCGAUCAAUUUAUGAAGACAACAACACAGUCAAAAUCGUUCCUUGGGACCAAAGCUCUGCCGUUCACAUUGACAAAGUUUACACCCAGUUGUCUUGGCUUAUGGAUUUGAAGGAUCCCAGCGGAGUAACACAGAAGGAGCUUGAACACUAUACCGACAUUUUUGACGGCGGAAGACUUCAUCAUACGCCCAAGCGCAUUUUGGUUCACGGACGACCAGGUAUCGGCAAGACCGUUUUUACGCAGAAAGCUACAUUCGACUGGUCCCAGCACAGAUUUAAGGGAAAAAUAGGAAGAUUUGAUCUCGUACUUUUGGUCAAAUUACGCGAUGUUUGCGACCUCAACGAUGUCCCGGCCAUUCUGAACGAUGCUAAUCUUCUCGCGAGUGAUGGCCCGGUUUCCACUGACAACCUGUACGAUUACGUUCGUCGCCACCAAGAAAACGUGUUGCUUAUUUUGGACGGCUAUGAUGAGUACGUACACAGCGAAGCAAGCCAAUCACCUGUUCUUCAAAUCUGGGAGAGAAAGCAGUUGAGGAAUUGUUGUGUUAUUAUAACGUCUAGAGACAUGAAAGGAGAGGAAUUGAAAAGUUCCAGCGAUGCUCAAUUUGAGAUCAACGGUUUUGACCGUGAGCGACAAGAAGAGUUCGCUCGUAGAUUCUUGAAAGAUGAUCAAGAUGUUGAAGAGUUUUUUGAAUACUUGGUGCAACAAGACCUGGAGGAUAUAGCAAAAAUACCUAUUGUACUUUUAAUGCUGUCUUUAGUUUGGAAAGAAAAGGAUCGUGAAGGACUACCUUCAUCACGGGUGAUGGUGUACUUCAAGUUUCUACAGACUAUGUUUAAUCAUAUGUCGGAAAAACAAAAAAAGCCGAUGGAAAAAGUUGACGAUCACAAACAAGAACUCUGUAAAUUGGGAGAACUAGCCUUUGACGCACUUCUACAAGAUUUACUUUACUUUCCUCUCAGUAAACUGCCAGAUCACGUUUUGACUGAGAAAUUGAUCGAAGCUGGGUUGUUUCAGCUGCUAAACAUGUCCACUCUUAACCCGUGCAAAGCCGUGCACUUCAUUCAUAAAUCCAUGCAGGAGUUUUUGGCUUCUUUAUUUCUAAAAGAAGAACUGUUAUCUCAAGAAAGUAAAAACAAUUCCCUUUUCAAAGUCGACUCAAUUGAAAAGAUCUUCAAGUUAAAUGAAGUUUUAAAAUUUGCUGCUGAAAUGUCAGAAGAAGCCGCGCGCGACAUCUUGAUUCAUUUGUUGGAAAUGGCGGCGAAGGAAGACGGAGAGUACAGCUUCGACAACCAAGCACCGUCAGUCGAAGAUUUGUCUAAUGAACAAAAAAAUCUUCUAACUCUAUGUACACAGUUAUUCUUCUGCUGUUCAGCAGAUACAAGAACAGAACUUUUCCCCACUUAUCUUUCUAAUCUAGGAGGUGUCUUGUUCAUUUUAAAUCCUGACCAGCUGAAUAUUGCAGCAAAGGAAAAUUUUGUUAAAACUACCGCUUCACUUAUGUACAUAUUUUUCUCUGAUAGCGGCCAGUAUACAGAGCAAAGUUAUAAUAAUUUAAUAAGUUUAGCACAGCAAUUAAACGCUGUUAUAGUCAGUAGAACAGGAGAACAAAAAGCAUCAGCAUUUUUGAAUGUAUUUCCAUGGCGUAGUGUUGGCGAGUUUUUCUUAAUGAAAGAAGAAAACAACACUCACCUUUAUUUUACUCGAAUUGUAAAAAAUCCUAGAAGAAGCAUUUCUUCUCUUCCAUAUAAAAUGGUAAAGAGGUUAGUUAGUUUAGAAGAGACAACAAAGAAGACAAACAUGAAUGGUGAUGAGUCAAGUGAAGAGAGCAGCAGCAGCUGUUGUUCAAAGCGUCAUGGUCUCUCAAGGGUUCGGAGGAUUGGAGCUUGGAAUGUGAACAGGUCAGAAGUGGAACAGCUGAUUGAGAUGAUGCCGUUUAUCACCGCUCCACACGGGAUAUGGGUUUGGGGUGAACUCGGUGAAGUGUUUGAUGCUGAGGUAACAGAGUCUCUACUGAGGAGCAUCCCAAUAACACACAAACUGGAGUACUUAACACUCUGUAGGAUCAAUGUAACAUCAUCACCUGCUGUGGAGUUCAUCAGCAGAGUAUUCAAACAAGAUCUUCCAAACUUGAAGGUGCUUGGCAUGUCAUACAAUCCUCUUCUGGGUGCAGGAGUCGACAGCUUGAUAAAACAUCUCAGCUGCGCUCCUCACCUGGAGAAACUGUACCUUUGGGGAGUGAAGAUGACUCCACAGCAGGUGAUGAAUCUCACAUCAGCUGUACAGCAGCACGAAAACAUCACUCAACUGUGGACAGACUACCACGUAAGUUUUCCAAUUUUAUCGCAAUUUGUUUCUUUAUUCUUUGUUUACAGUUUAUUUCUACUCAGCUCUUGCCUUUCGCCAUUUUCCUUUCUUUGUCAUUUUUAUACUCGACAAAACACGAGAUUUGCUUUUGAAAUCAAAUCACAAACUUUAGCAGAUUCAAAGUAUCAUUUCAAAUUCAUUUCUUUCAACUGAUUAAACUAACUCCAUAAAAUGUUUUAACUGAGAACGUUAAGAACAAGUAACUUCAGCUGAUAUUAAAACAUGGAGUUGAACACAAAAGGAGAAAUUUUGUAUCUUCAAGCAGCCAUAAGGUGAAAUUAUUGGGUGAAAACAAAAACUUCCAGCAAAACAAAAUCAUAUAAUUUCCACAGAAUUAAUUUCUGAAUCAAUUUUAAUUCAUACCUUUUCAUAAAGUAACAAACAACAAUCAUAAAAGCAAAUGAAAGAUGUUCAGUUCAUGUUCAAUUCAAACAAAUAAGCAAAGAGUAAACACAUUGAACUCACAGUUUCACAUUUAUCGUCCAGGGCUCCUAUAAAAUCAGUUUAAGUCAAGUGAAGUUCCUUUGAAAGUCCAGAAAACAAACAAGUCUUUUUUAUAGCUGUUCUUUUGUUAGUUCUUGAGCGUUUCUUUGGUAAAUACUGGUCCUUGCAGUUCGGUGAAGCCAUGGUUGGUUUUUGAAAUAACAACCCGCACAAAAAAAUUGUAUCUUCGAGACAACGGUUGAAAGCAACACCAAACAAAUUUUCCUUACAGAUAAACACUUCGCUUUUCUCCACUGUAUAGCAUAAGUGUCCAUUGCAUGAUUUUCAUCGCGUAAAUAGCAUGAGCUUGUUUUCAAUUUUCCUAGAACACUCGCCAUACAAAUCAAAUCCUGCGGAGCUUUGGACUUUCGUGAAAUAUCCUUAUAAAUGAUGUUUCCUUGAGCUUUGAACAACUCCUUAGCAUAUUCCUGAGUAAAAAGAUAUAAAUCCCUGUCUUUUGCCGGUAACAUUUCCUUGAUGUUUUCUUAUUCAAUUUUGAGUUCAUCCUGAACAGUUUGCCGUUGAAGAGCGAACUGAACAAACUACAAAAACAACAAACCAUGUCAUUCAAAGCCUCGUGACGUGGCGACAGCUGAUUGGUUAAAUCCACCUCGGAUGAUUUUUCACGUGAUGACAUUUUCCCGCCUUUCGUUUUAUUACGUAACAAAUUCCCGCCCGAAAAAAAUAACGGUGAUCACGGUGAUCUGCGAAUUUUCUAAGGCUGACUGUAUUUUCAAAAGAAAGAAAAAAGGAUUUGCUAAUUUUGAUUUUGAUUCCACUAUUUUGAAUGCGAAUUUCUUGUAGGUGCGCCUUGAUAAAGAUAAUGUUUCUCUUUCCAAUCCCGCCGAGAGGGGACAGGUAGAGGGGGGUAAAUCUCACUCCUCCCUAAACUUGGUUUAAAAAUUGGCGACGGGUAACACUCGUUUCUUGAACUUAGUCGUAAAGGAAGUUUUUUGACCUUCAGCGCUUCGCCUCUACACCAACAUACCAAACAAAGAAGGCGUAACCACUGUGUGUCUAGUGCAGUUCUGGUCUCUCUCUCUCUCUCUCUCUCUCUCUAUGUCACGCAACGCUGGAGAGAGAGGGUCCUCCCCCACAUCCCUUAUCAUCACGCAAGGGAAGUCAAAAUCUUCGCUAGCUAGGAAAAAAUUCUCCCAGCAAAUAACUGUAAAGACGCUUAAAAAUAGUUUGUCAGUUGUUUUUAAAACAUUAACCUUGUGCUUGUAUAAUUUUUGUCAAGGUGCCGGGUUCGAAUCCUGCUCAGUAGCCUUUCUUUUUUCCUUCUGUCUUUCUCUUUUUUGUUUCGUUUUCGUUUUUGUUUUGUUUGCUUAUUUGUUUUGUUUUUGUUGUUUGUUAGAUAUAUACGGUUCUAGAGCAAAGAUAUUAUAUUUAUGGAUAAACAAUCUGAAUUACUAUCGUUUCCUACAAUUUCACUCCUUUUUUAUCGCAAUAUAUUUUACAAAACUAAAACACUAGCCACAAGCAGUCACAGACUGCCUUUUAUUAUAUAGGCCAAGUUUCGACUGCUGAUCUUUGCUUUCGGCACGCGAGGCUUGUUUCUUGAAAUUAGUACAUCUUGUCAAAGUUGUUGUCAUAUAAACAAUUGUCUUUCGUUGGUCACUGUAAUUGCAUUGUACUUUAAAGGAAGGUUUUCAAAUGUUUACACGUCCACACUUUAUUAAAGGGAGAUGGGUUGUUUUAAGUAUUGUUUUGUAUUUUGUUGAAGGAUGAUGAAGGAAACCCCAAACCUGAGGGUGAAUGGCCAUCAGAGAACUACUGGAAGAGCGAGUACCCUCACCUCUUUCCUGAUUCAUCACCUGAAUCAGCGCAUGAACAGGAGCAG